CAUCUCCGAACCAGAAGAAGACACCCUGACCCAGGACCUUAAACGCUAGGACCGGGAAAGAGGAAAAGGAAAGGGGAAGGAGGAAGGAGAAAGGAAGACUAGGACAACACUACAAAUCACCAAAAACUUUCCACCCUGGAUUCUCUACUUUUGCUCCAUGGACAGAGCCCCAGCCAGCCAAGUUUCAGACAGACCGUGAGCAGUCCCUGCGCGUUUUAUUGCGACCUGCCGGUGGGAACUUUGUCUCCAAAUCGGAGCAGCAUGGAGCGGCGGAGCGAGAGCCCGUGCCUGCGGGACAGCCCCGACCGAAGAAGCGGCAGCCCCGACGUCAAGGGGCCUCCCCCGGUGAAGGUGGCCCGGCUGGAGCAGAACGGCAGCCCCAUGGGAGCCCGCGGGAGGCCCAACGGCGCAGUGGCCAAGGCCGUGGGAGGUUUGAUGAUUCCAGUCUUCUGUGUGGUGGAGCAGUUGGAUGGCUCUCUUGAAUAUGACAACCGAGAAGAGCAUGCUGAGUUCGUCUUGGUGCGGAAAGAUGUGCUUUUUAGCCAGCUGGUGGAGACCGCGCUCCUGGCCCUGGGGUAUUCCCACAGCUCUGCAGCGCAGGCCCAAGGAAUAAUCAAGCUGGGGAGGUGGAACCCUCUCCCCCUCAGUUAUGUGACAGACGCCCCUGAUGCGACUGUGGCCGACAUGCUGCAAGAUGUCUAUCACGUUGUGACGCUGAAGAUCCAAUUACAAAGUUGUUCAAAGUUGGAAGACUUGCCUGCGGAGCAAUGGAACCAUGCCACAGUCCGCAAUGCCUUAAAGGAACUGCUCAAAGAAAUGAACCAGAGCACAUUAGCCAAAGAAUGCCCUCUCUCCCAGAGUAUGAUUUCAUCCAUUGUAAAUAGCACAUACUAUGCCAAUGUGUCAGCAACCAAGUGCCAGGAGUUUGGGAGAUGGUACAAAAAGUAUAAGAAGAUAAAAGUGGAAAGAGUGGAGCGAGAAAACCUUUCAGACUAUUGUGUUCUGGGCCAGCGGCCAAUGCAUUUACCAAAUAUGAACCAGCUGGCAUCCCUGGGCAAAACCAACGAACAGUCUCCUCAUAGCCAAAUCCACCACAGUACUCCCAUCCGAAACCAAGUGCCCGCGCUGCAGCCCAUCAUGAGCCCUGGUCUUCUCUCACCGCAGCUCAGUCCACAGCUUGUCAGGCAGCAAAUAGCCAUGGCCCAUCUGAUAAACCAACAGAUAGCCGUUAGCCGGCUCCUGGCUCACCAGCAUCCUCAAGCCAUCAACCAGCAGUUCUUGAACCAUCCACCCAUUCCCAGAGCCGUUAAGCCAGAACCAACCAACUCCUCUGUGGAAGUCUCUCCUGAUAUCUACCAGCAAGUCAGAGAUGAGCUGAAGAGAGCUAGUGUGUCUCAAGCUGUCUUCGCAAGAGUGGCAUUCAACCGCACACAGGGAUUAUUGUCAGAGAUACUGCGUAAGGAAGAAGAUCCCAGGACCGCAUCUCAGUCUCUCCUAGUAAACCUGAGGGCCAUGCAGAACUUCCUCAACCUGCCUGAAGUGGAGCGUGAUCGCAUUUACCAGGACGAGCGGGAGCGGAGCAUGAACCCCAGUGUGAGCAUGGUCUCCUCUGCCUCCAGCAGUCCCAGCUCCUCCCGUGCCCCACAGGCCAAAACCUCGACACCGACAACAGACCUCCCUAUUAAGGUGGAUGGCGCCAACGUCAACAUCACAGCUGCCAUUUAUGACGAGAUCCAACAGGAGAUGAAAAGAGCCAAGGUGUCUCAAGCCCUGUUUGCCAAAGUGGCAGCAAACAAAAGUCAGGGCUGGCUUUGCGAACUGCUUCGUUGGAAGGAGAACCCCAGUCCAGAAAACCGCACCCUUUGGGAGAAUCUCUGCACCAUCCGCCGGUUCCUGAAUCUUCCCCAACAUGAGAGGGAUGUGAUCUAUGAGGAAGAAUCUCGACAUCACCACAGUGAGCGCAUGCAGCACGUGGUCCAGAUUCCACCCGAGCCCGUGCAGGUCCUUCAUCGACAGCAGUCCCAGCCCACUAAGGAGAGCUCCCCUCCCAGAGAAGAAGCGCCCCCAGCACCUCCUCCAACAGAAGACAGUUGUGCCAAAAAGCCUCGGUCUCGCACCAAGAUCUCCCUGGAAGCCCUGGGCAUCCUUCAAAGUUUCAUCCAUGAUGUAGGCCUCUAUCCUGACCAGGAAGCCAUCCACACACUCUCAGCCCAGCUGGAUCUCCCCAAACACACCAUCAUCAAGUUCUUCCAGAACCAGAGGUACCAUGUGAAGCAUCAUGGGAAGCUGAAGGAGCACCUGGGCUCCGCGGUGGACGUGGCCGAGUAUAAGGACGAGGAGCUGCUGACCGAGUCUGAGGAGAACGACAGCGAGGAGGGAUCGGAGGAGAUGUACAAGGUGGAGGCCGAGGAGGAGAGCCCGGAGAAGAACAAGACGGCUGCAGCCGAAAGCGACCAGAGAUAAUGUGAACUCCACAGGCAGAACAAUAGAUGGGUCCAAGGACUUUCUGUUUUAGUUUCUUUCAAGUUCCUCUUGGCUUUGUUUUAUUUUGUUUUGUUUUUGUCUGUUUUAUUUUUCUUCCCCUUAAUGGCGUUCCUCUGUUGCACAAGAUAGCCUACAGACUGAGCACGCUCAGAGUUUCUGAGUCAGACGUCACCUUGGCAGAGACAAUACGUGUUAAACGUUUGCAAUUGACUGGACCAUAGUAAUUCUAGUCACGGGAGACCCUGCUGUCAUUCUUGGACUCACGGAAGAGAUACCAGGCAAGUUCCAGGAUGGGAAGACCCAUGAAAUGAAGGAAGGAAGCUACGAGUGUGUGUAUAUGUAUAUGUACAUAUCUCUAUAUUUACAUAUAUAUAUUAAAAUUGCAUGGGACAGAGAACUUUACAAUCUGAAGGACUGGACUGUGAAAUGAAGUUCUUAAACAAAAGACUUCUGUAUAAAAACUAAUACCACUUCACAGUGAGUUGCUUUGACUUUUUGAGAAACUUGCGGCCUGCUCUCAGGGCAGGAUAACUAUUUUUGAAUUCCUAUUUAUUUUGUGUGUUUGUCCCUGAUUUUUUUUUAAUUCUAUGGCUUCCUAUCUGGCAGCUUAAUAGGUAAUUUUUGAGGUAUGUAUUUAACAAAAUAACACUGCCAAAAAAAUAAAAAUGAGAGAAAGGAGGAAAGAAGAGAGUAAAGUGAGAGAAAAUCAGGGCAUGUUAUAAAGCGACAUAAGGCAAUUACUCCUGAGGACGUCACGCACACGUAAGACAGUGACUCAGCGCCGUGACCCUCCACACUCCAUCACUGAGCAUGUCAGCGCUGUACCAAGCACAUGCAUUCUGUGGAAUUCCGAGCCAAGUUCAGUGCAGAGGAAACUUGACCUUUAGCGCAGUCUCCAUGAAUGACAUUUUGACGUUGGACUUAUGGAAUCCAUGCUAUGAGCCACAUUUUGUUGUGAAGUUUAUUUACCUGCUUGUGGCUUCAAAUCUUAAACUUAGUAAGCCUGCUCAUUUAGUAUUGUUGGGAUGUUACCGUUUCCUUUCCUUUCGUUUUUUUUUUUUUUUUUCUGGAUUACUUUUGUUUUUGUUUUCAUUUUGUUUUGUUUGGUUUGUUUUUAAAUAGAACAUAGUUUAAUGUAAUGUUAGGUUAGAGAAAGAAGUUUCUGCCCGGUAAGAGGGGCUCCCGCUCAAAUAACUCCACCCGGCCCUCUCCCCGAGUGUUCCUACUCCUCUUCUGUUUAGAUUUCCUCUUCUUCACAAAUCCCCUUCACUUUAGCCAGACCUCUGCAGACCCUGAGCUCACAAGUCUCCACCCUUCCCCUGCCAUGGUGGCAGGGCAGCCCCGACAGGAACCUGGUUUGGAGUCAUUACGCACCUACUCCUCGGAAAAGGAAAUAAUUGUCCCAGUGCCCCACAUAGCGCGAACCUUACGUAAGGCAGAACUAAUGCGGACGGGCUGUUCUGUGGAACAAGCGUUAAAGCUGCAAUCUACCACAGUUUGCCAAAUCCCCUCUAGCUUCCCAUUAGAAACAGUAGCAUUACCUUCCAGUUCCAGUGACAGCGAUUGAUCGGUGAUGGAUCGCAGGAGGAGACCUCCCCUUCGGGACAGGUCUCCGGAACCCACUCCAGGCUCGCGAUGGCCACUCAGCAGUCCGGCACGGUUGGAUUUUAUUUUGUUUUGUUUUGUUUUUGAGUUGUAUCCUCAUGCAACCUUGUCAAAGACCUCAUGCAAUAUCACUUUGAAAUUUAUUUUCUGUUUACUACACAAACAUUGUAAUAUAACUGUUAAUACUAUUUAUAUAUUUGAAAGGUAUAAGAGGUAGGAGUUUAAAAAAAACCUCUAUGUGUAGAUAUUAACUCAGAACUUACACUAUACAGGGAGAAGACACGUUGCAAUACAAGCUAAUUCUAGCUGCUUAGUAACCUCUGGAGUUUUCAAAGGGACAUUUUCCUGUACUUUUUCAAAUAAUGAUGUUUAAAACAGUUAUCCUUGACAUGAGCGUCAUGCAUCUUUGCAAAAAGAUGGCUGUUUGCAAUUGAGGCCCGGGCCCGCCCUUCCCCUUUCUGUAGAUGCCGCAGCUUUAAUCCGAGAGUUCACAGUUGCUGCUUCCUGAUCUCCGAGUUACUCUUUCCAAAUUGUCUUCUGACGCUGUUGCUGAAGUCACUCUGUACACAUCCUAGACACCGAUUUGUCGCCAAGCUCUUACAGGUGGUCCAUCGAUCGAUGGCGUCCGCAUUUGGUAUCUCUGACACUUCAACCAAAAAUUUAUUAGGUAUUUUUUAAUGCUAAGUCUUGCCUUUUAUUUUUUAAUUUCACUGCCAAGUUUGCAGUGGUUCUAAGUGAAUCUGUGGGCAUUUUAGCCUGUGGUCUUGCCAGAUCUUUGCGAAUUACAAUGCAUAUAUGUCUAUUUAUUCAAUAUCUGUCAUAUAAUAUCUAUUUGGAAGAAGAAACUUUCUCUUGUAGUGCCUCUUGACAAAGCACAAUUUCCCGCCUUUUUUUUCUUUUUGUGAAAUGAAGAAAACAAAUUGUGUUUUAUUGCAGUAUCAAUAAUGUGAAUAAGGAUUAACAUAUUGUAAAUGUUCUUUUUUCCAUGUAAA